AACUUUGGAAGCACAAAGCAAUCAAAACCAAAUACUCAUUUCAAGGUUGUAGAACUUCAGUAAACAAAAAAAGAAAUUAAGCUCUUAACCAUGGCUGCCAUCAAUCCAGCAGUAGCCGCACCAUAUUCCAUGGGUGUUCAUAGAAACACAGCGGCCCAAAGCCACAAAGCUAUGGCGGCUGCCAAUCCAGCAGUGAAAUACGGACGUGCAGCUUCGAUUCUUUCUACACCCACACAGACACAGUCCCCAUUACUACGUAGAAAUUCGGUUCCCAGCAGAAGCUCAGACACGAGAAUCAUGGCUGCCAAUCCUGAAGUUUUAUCGUCACCGUCGCCGUCAAAUUUAAUGGGGGUUCUGUAUUUUACGCAGUGCCAGUUUCGGAGCCUUUACGGUCAUGAUUUAAAGCUGGAAGGCCUCAUUAAUUGGAAAGGAUGUGGAGAACCACCGGAAACUAUAGCUCAAAAUCAGUCGGCAAGUGAGUUUAGGCACUCGGGAGACUCAGCAGGUUCAGUCGGAGCUGUUUCGUAUCUAGUCGGAGAUAAGGUUAGGUGGAUUAUUGCCUGGAGCAACAGCGAAGAUCAGCCCAAGCUUAACAAGGUGUAUAGUGAGAUUAAUGAAGUAAGUGAAGGAGCAAUUGAUUGGCAUUCGAUAAAAGACUCUUUGGACCAAAGCGUGUCUGAGUAUAAAGCUAUAAAUGUAUAAUAUGGAUACUCAGCUGAUCUUAUGAUUGACCCAACCAGCAAUACACCAACAAUGACGGCAACAUUCAACUAGUAAUAAUGUGACGUUUACUAUUGAUUAUCCGAUAAUUUACUCUUUGAUUUAAUAAAUUGUUUCGAUUUAAGAUGUAUUGCUUUUAUAGAUAAAUAAUGUGUCCAUUAAUAUGGAUUGAAUUUGUUUAUUAGUUAGAUAGCUUAUUUGAUGUACUAAAUUGAUUCAAAGUAAUCCAAUAAUGUUUUUUUUA